AAAAAAUAGCACGCCACCGGUACAUGAAGCAUCUAGCUCCACUGGUCGCUGCCGUUUGAUGGGCUGGUUUUCCGCAGGGCUGGCAACAUCCCCAGCGUCACCAGCCUCACUUGGACCUGGAGUUGCCGUCAAGGACUCCUUGGCAUGCAAGCGGGCAGGAGCUGGAUCCCGAGGCUCUGGCUAGGCCUAGGCUUUGUGCAUGCCCAGUUCAACAUUGACUCCAUCGAGAGCCGGCCCUCCUACUAUUGGGACAAUGUCAACGCCCACUGGAUUGCGGAGCCGCCAGUAGACUGGAAGAAACAUUCUUUGACACGUGACGGCUACGUGGCGGGUAUCGACUCUUCUGUGAACAUAUCUCGUUUCACCCACAUCGGGUGCUUUGAAGCAGACUUUGCCAUCACCCAUGCCGUGAGCGACGCAGUGGCCUACGACCCCAACGAGUGUAUGCAGGCGUGCAAGCUGAAAUUUGGGACCAACUCCACCGGGGACCUGAUCGUGGCGGUCCACCAGGAUCGAUGUGGUUGCGUGAUGAGGGACAUGACCACAUUCCGGGAGGUGCCCCAGUCCUAUUGUACCUACUACUGCAAGUACUACCGGAACGCUAUUUGCGGGGGCUUCCCAGACUACUGGGGCGUCUUCCGGGAAUUCGACUUUGUGUCCCUCACGGGCCAGGGCGCCUACGAUCCCUGGCGAUACAUCUGGUACUCCGUUGUCGCAAUCCGCGAGAGCAACAUUCGGGGAGGGGUGGUGCCUGACGGUCUCCAGCCUGAGCGGUACUACCUCCACGCCGUGGACGUGAACUCGGGGAAUGCUUUGUUCCAGUACCAGAUGGGCCUGAACGGCAUCCUCUAUGGCUUGCAAUACGACUUGGACGGCAGCCGCUUGGUGGCGCUCCACACAGAGAGCGACACCGGCCGCAUCAACCCCACCGCAAAGUGGAGGUACAAGCUGGCCCGGAUCAUCGUGAACACCACCUUUGUCGACCAGCCGAGACUCUCAAUGAGCCUCGCGGAGGUGGACAUCAAGUUCAACGAGUCAUCCGAGUAUCUGCAGUUUUCAGGUGCCUCGGGCAUCCUCUCACAGCCCCCAGCCGUGCCGCGGGAGCUUGCGUCAGUUACACCCGCGUCCACCAACAUCUUCAUCAUCACGCAGUGCGAGCCCGCCCAGCAGAAGAAGGACAUGAAGGACCGUAUCUACUUCAUUCGCAUAGAGGAUGGGUUCAUUGUCUUUGAUAGUGCUCUAGAUUUCAAGGUCCUGCAGAUCUUCACCAAUGAGAGGUAUGGGGAUGUGACCGUGCUGGGGCCCCGGAUGUACCUGGGCUUCGGAAAGGGCUCCAUCUCCUACAUCUACCUGGCCCGGGUCUACAGGGACGUCAUUGAGGAGAGGACCGUGAUUGACUUCCAGUACAAUCCCAUCAACCCCCAGUACGUGGCUCCUGUGGAGAUCACCCAGGACUACCACGUUUAUCCCGGUGUCUCUGUCUCCGAGCACCUGUUCAACUACACGGGUAUCGCCCACCGCCGGGCGCCGGCGGCCGACAUGCUGGACAAGGCGGCGUACCUCAUCACGGAGGUGAACAUCCGCACGGGCGCCAUGCGGGACUGGUGCAACACCACGCUCACGGACGAGCUCUGUGUGGGGACCAUGAACUACGAGAUCCCCUACGCCGCCCUCUACAACCGAGAGCCGGGCAUCCCGCUGUCCCUGCGGGCGCCCUCCUUCACCAGCGCAAAGUUCACCAUGGAGGCGGGCACCAUCAUUGUGGACUUCGACCGUGCGACUCUUCAGGGCGCAGUCACCAGGGACGACAACAACGACAACGUGCCCGAACGCAUCGAUUACUCCACCCAGCCGGACGGCCUCUUCGACUGCGCGCGGGUCUUCACUUCGCCGUCCAUGCUCUUGUUGGGCCCUGCGCCGGACACGCAGUGCAUCUGGAUGACGGAUUCGAGGAUCCAGAUCAACCUGCCCUCAGUGAUUAACAUCUCCGUGGGAGAUUCCAUCUUCGUCCUGCCGGACACAAUCUACACCAUCCCCCGCAACGGGGAGUGGUCCCCCGCAGCCAUGGGCGGCGUGCAGGUGGAUCCGCCGGAUCCCUUGGAGCCCCCUGUGAUUGUGCUCACAGGAUCCACCAACUUGGACCAGUGCACUCCGGUGAAGCUGGUGGGGGUCGACUCCUUCCAGACGGGGAAGCUGCCCAGGUACCGCUGGGAACUGGCGAACGGCACCCAGGAGGAUCCCAAUCCAAAGGAUCUAACGAACAACCCGCUUCGCAUCAUUGACGCCGCGAAAGUGCAGUUGGUGAGAGAAGCGCUGCAGUUCGCCACGGACUUCAACAUGGGGACCUUAGAGAUGCCCAGUGACUACUUGGAAGCGGCCACGACCUACAAGAUGCUCUUCUCGGUGGGCAGCCGCUGGGGGCUGACCACCAGCAAGGAGGUUCUGCUCACAAAGCUCAACUUCCCCGCGCCCAUGGUGUCCAUCAACGGCCCUGCGGAGAUCAGCCGGCGCCGCCCGGAUCGCAUCACCCUGGAGGCGGUGGGCAUUCCCUCGGAGUGCGCCAACGCCUCCCAGAACUUGGGCUACCGCUGGGUGGCGAGCUCCGGGAAUCUGAACUUCAACGACUUCCCGGAGAUCAUCACCAACGCGGCCACCCUCACCAUCCCCCCCUUCGUCCUGCAGCCGGACCUCACGAACGUCAACGACUACAACAUCUACAACUUCACCGUGGAGUGCUUCGUGAACACCGUGCAGGGGGACGUGCCGGAGCGCAUGGCGUACGCGCGGGUGACUGUGAAGAUCUACCGGUCAACGGUUUACGUCGUCUACAGGACGGCGAGCCGAAUGGUCACCAAGGGCGACAUUUUGGUGCUGGACGUGCGGGGCUCCCAGGAUCCCGACUAUCCCACGCUGGAGGGCCAGACCUUCCGGGGCACCUUCAACUGGCGCUGCUACACGCCUCCGCCGGAGCGCGGCGCCUGCUUCGGCGGCUCCGCCACGGGCUUGCUGGAGGACAUGAUCACCUGCCGGCAGGACAUUGGGACCCAGAUGCAAGACGGAGGAGUCACCUUCUUCGCGCCCUUGUUCGACGACCUCAUCUUCUGUCGCUACACCAGAGGUGUGGUCAUGUUCCAGACCCAGAACUUCAGCCUAGGCGAGUACAAGUUCACGGUGCAGGCCACCAGCUACGACGGGCGUCAGGCGCAGGAGGAUGUCUUCAUCACCAUGACGGAUGUCCAGGUCCCGAAGAUCUUGCUGACGGUGGCAGAUCAGAAAGCCAAGUACCCAGUGUCCAUGCCUAUCCAGAUCUCUGGCACAGAGGAGGGCGUGAAGAGCGAGGCGGACAGGACCUACAGCUGGACGGUGCUGGCCUACUAUCCCAACCCGGACUAUGACCCGGACCUCGCUCAGGAGCGGCUGAACGAUCCCAACAACCCCUACACGGUGGAUCAGUUCAAGUACGUGGACCAGUCGGCUCGAUUCGACACUCGAGACCAGCGCCUCUUCCGCACCGAUCCGCUCCUGCCCAACAUCAUCAUCCAGCCGAAUGUGCUGCAGCCAUCCACCAAGUACAAGUUGCGCCUGAACAUCCAUUUGACCUUCGCCACCCCCGCGGCCCGCCGUAUGUCAGGGCGGUCGCUCCAGGCCACAGAUGGGGUGACUCAGGUCACCGGCUUCGCGGACAUCGUCAUCGAGACCGCUGGGCUGCCGCCUCGCUCCGGGCGCUUGGAGGUUGUUCCGGGGAAUCGCAGCAUGGACACGCCCCGGACCCUGAGUGCGCCGGACUGGGUGGCCACAGAUCUGCCGCUGACCUACUCCUUCGGCUACAUCAAGUUCGUGGACGGCAACCCCCUGGAUGCCGCCUUCAACACGGACCCCCAGCAGGUCAGCUCCAAGGAGCUCUCGCGGCUGGCCAUGGGCCCUCCAAGCAACAAUCACACGCUGUACCUCUUCGUGGAGGUCUUCACACCCUAUGGGGCCAAAAGCCGCGCGGAAGUGGCGAUCCAAAGUCUUCCAGUGGAGAACCUCACCCAGGCCUCGCUGGAUGGCCUGGAAGCAGCUCAGAACUCAGAUGCCUCCAACUUGGUGAACAACCUGGACUAUGUCUUGUCUCUGGACCCGACCGACCCGGCCACCCAGAACGCAGUGCUGGACCUGAUCGCGCAGAAUUCCGACGAGCUGCCCACCACGCCCUCGCAGUUGCAGAGCCAGGCGCUGCUCUUCUCUGACCUGGUGAGUAACGGCCAGGACAGCGACACCUUGCUGGACGAGCUGGAAAGGUUGGUGCAAGUCUCGGCCAACCAGGGGGCCAUCUCUUUGGAUGGGGAGCUGGCCGGGGUGUACUUCGACAUCUUCGGGAAUCUGUACCCGGGAGACGACCCAUCCUUCCUGGCCGGUCGGCGGCUGGCCGACGAGAAGCGCGCGGCCACGGGCCCCUCCGCGACCAUGAGCAAAUACCGCUCGAGCUCGAGCUUCUACGCGGAGGAGAAAGGCCUGCCUGGGAAGCGCAGGUCCAACCUCCACUUCCUGCACGGGGCCACGCGCUUGCCGGAGAAUCACCCGUCGCUGGAGCCGAACCAGUACAUCCUCCGAACCUGCGACACGGGCUUCUGCGACCGCGUCGGCCUUGCCUGCAGCCCAGAGGACUUCAAGCCAGUCACUUGGUUCACCUGCUGCGAUGCGCGCAACACGGACACCUUGUGCAACGAGCCGCCUUGCUGGUUUCACGGCAACGGAUGCCCUGUGCCACAGACGGCGCCUGGAUUAACUGGCCGGCGUCUGGACAAGCCAGGACUGGGCAAGGACGAGGGCUGGUUCGACUCCUGGAAGCACCGCCACAAGCCGUUGAGCUCUGUGGACGAGAGCGAGGCCUCCGAGUACGACAGGGAGCAGGCGUACCAGGGUUGGCACCCCAGCUCCCACGAGCGUCGCCUCAUCUUCGCCCGGGGCAAUUUGUCGCAGUCCUUGGGCGAUCGGCUUCUUGCCAUGGAGGCGGACGAGCUGCCCAUGCUUCUGGAAGCCCAGCGGCUCACCAAGGAAGCCGCUUUGCUGGGCCAAGACGAUUACAUUGCGGACGCGGCAGAGAUCGUGGCUUUCCAGAGCAUGACGCCGGCCAUUGCGGCGAAGCUGGAGGCGGACAAGCGCGCCCAGGAUGACGCCAUGCACCAGUUUGUUUGGCAACGUGCACGCAACGCGAGCCAGCGCAUCACCAGGUUGAACGUCAUGCGGGAUACGGUCUCCAAGUCCUUGCUGGUGCAGAUGCAGACCACCUUGGACCCGCUCACGUUCACCAGCAAAGCCUACACCAUCACCAUCGGCAAGACCACCAACCUCAGCUCUGUGCACCCGGCCUUCAUCUUCCCCUCCGCCUUCCAGGUGCCGCCGGACAGUCGCGACACUCCCACAGCGACCAACCCCUUCACGCGCUUCGCCUACCUCUACGUGGAGUAUCUGAAGAACAUCUAUGACUGGUCGGACAGCAACCCACUGUCCACAGAGAACCAGCUCAUCACCCUCCACGUGCUCAAGGGCAGCACUCUGGAGCUGGAUGAGAGCAGCUCCCCCGAGUGGAUCCGGAUCUUUGCGGACACCAGCCUCUUCUCCAACGUCGUGUGCCUCUUCUGGGACCGCUUCGCCGCGGGCACCGCCGGGGGCCGUUGGUCUUCCACGGGUGUGGUCAACGACGACACGGGUUGCAUCACGUCUCAUCUUACGGACUUCGGCAUCUUCAUGGACGGCCGCGUGCCGGACGGCUACGGCCUCGUGGAAGCGGCCACCCACUGGGAACGGGAGGUCUGGGUCAGCAACUGCGUGGGCUGCGGGGACGAGAGCAACCUCACCGUGGUCGCGGUGCUAGGCAUGUUGCUCUUCGCUCUGAUCUUGUUGAUCCUGCUGACCUACACCUUGGAUGAGUCCCAAAGGACGCUGCUGGCUCAGAACAAGGUGAAGUCUCGCUACUACUACGACGGCAACGGCAUCAACUCGCCCAUGAGUAUCGACGAUCCCGUCGCCUACCAGUACGGCGACGGGCCGCUCUUCAUGCUGUGGCUGGGCACGCUUUGGAACGUGGCAAAACGCGACCACGCUCUGGUGAGCACCAUCUUCUAUCACGAGACCUUCACCAGGCCUCAGCGGCUGCAGUGCUUCAUCGCGCUCUUGACGGGGCUCCUGGCUGUGAACGCGGCUGUGCACAGUCAUCCUGGCAGCAUCCAGGAAGCGCAGGAGUUUGUGAUCACCGGCAUGCUCUCCGGGCUGCUGAUCUUCCCCAUCUUCUGCGGCCUGGUGAUGAUGUUCAAUCUGCGCCCGGCGCAAGUGAAGAAGCGGCUGAUCAAGCGGGCUUACUCCACGAAGGAGAUCGACAAGCUCAGCGAGCAGAGGCAGCGACUGGCCAACCAGUCGACCAUGCUGCCGCCCCCAGGCUACAUGGCCAACCCUCCGCCGGUGUCUGGCACGCCGGCCAACACGUUGCUGUCCUUGCCCGCCCCUUUGCCGUUGCCGGUGCUUCCGCCGGGCAUGGUGGGCACGCAUCAACACCUCCAGCUACCGCCCAGCCUGGGCGCCAACUUGGCGCUGCCCGCGGUGCCUGGGAUGUCAGGGCGGCUUCCACUACCACCGCCACCGAAAUACCCUCCGCCGCCAAAGAAUGCGAGCAACGCCACCCCGGCAGGCAUGCUGCCGCCUCUGGCCUGGCCAACCACCGGGCCUCCGCCCACGCCCUUCCCGCUGCUGCAGGAUGCUUCCAUGGGCGGCACUUCUCAGCUCCCCAUGCGCUCGCUGCCGGGCACGGGAGAAGCUCCCGAAUCGUCCUUUGAUCAGGAGUUUCAGGCGCCGGACCCCCACUUCAUCGAGGAUGCCAAGCACCAGAUGGCUCCGGGUGGCCCACCUGCGCCUGCCCCGCCGGAGCUGCCAGGCAUGGGGCGCAGCCGCGGGCCUCCGCCACAUCCGGGUGGCACGCCGGGCGGCGGCACGCCGGUGGGCGGCGGCACGCCGGCGGGCGGUACACCGAAGAGCGGCACCCCGCGGUCGUUUGGCCCGUCCCAGCCGGGCACGCCCACCAACCGCGGCACGCCCACCAACCGCGGGCCCGGCCCGCCGCUGCCGGGCAUGUCGACCAUGCCCGGCAUGCCGGGCACCGGCACGCCUGGAGGCAGUCGCGGUGUGAGCCCCCGGGGCAGCCUCCGCAGCGGGCCGCCGAGCUCCCGGGGCCCCGGGCCGCCGCUGCCCAUGGUGCCUGCAGAGAACGGGCCCAUGCCGCUCUUCAUCCGCGGGCAGCCGCCGCCGCAGCUGCCGACACCCUUUCAGGGCGGCCCGCCGCCGGGGCCGCCGCCGCGGGGCUUCCAGGUGCCGGCGCCUGGCGGUAUUCCGAUGGUACCUCCAGCACCGCCGCCACCUCCCAGAGAGGACGACCAGGCCUUCGUGCGAAGGAUCCGAAUGACCUACAUGGACAAGGUCACCAAGGACCAUGACAAGCACGACCUGCUGGAGGAUCUGGAGGAGCUGGGAAAAGAGACGCCAGGUUGGGUCUACGAUACCAUGACCAUCAUGCCGUACCUGGCGUCGAGCACCUUCACUUUGGCCUCCAUUUUCAUUGUGCUGCAGUACGGAAUGAAGUUUCAAACUUUUCAAGAGGAGAUGUGGUGGAAGGGAUCUUUGAUAGGCCUGGGAUUGGUCCUGGGUGUAUUGGACAUAGUCCGCGUGGUGAUGAUGACUUUGGUGGAACUGCGCAAGUUCGAGAAUCGCCGCAAGGCGAAAGACGGCCAGUUCCUCCCCAGGCGCAUCCGCAGAGAAAACGAGAAGGACUACCAACCAGCCCCACCUCCGCGGCUGUGGAAGCAGGCCGUUGCAGCGCCACCUGUGCCCAAGGGCCCGGCCAUUACCACUGCCCCGCCACGGCCGGCCUUCCUGCCGCCGCCCCCACAGCAGCCGGCUCUGCCGGGCCCCGGCUGAAGCCAAGUCAAAGUUCUCAGAGCAAAGGUCUACGCCGCAAAGAG